CAGGCGGCUGUAGUGAGCCGUCAGCAGCGGACCUCGCGCAGAAGAAAUCGGCUGGUUGUUUGGAAACCACAGUGAACCUGCAGAGCAGCUGUUGUACUUCUUCAGCAGCUAUUAUAUCACUCGCAUUCCUAGAUACGACAGCGGCUUUGUAGCGCUAGACCUGUAAACGUCUCAGGUUUACCGUUAGCUGAUCAUGAACGUGGCGAAAAGUGGUUACCGCGUUUUCUCUGCCAACUCCACGCCGGCGUGCGCUGAACUCUCCAAGAAGAUUACCGAGCGUCUUGGAGUUGAGCUGGGCAAGUCUGUUGUUUACCAGGAGUCAAACAGAGAAACGAGGGUUGAGAUCAAAGAGUCUGUGAGAGCCCAAACGAUCUUCAUCAUCCAAACCAUUCCCAGAGAUGUCAACACUGCUAUCAUGGAGCUGCUGAUCAUGGCCUAUGCACUGAAGACCUCCUGUGCCAAGAACAUCAUCGGCGUGAUCCCGUACUUCCCCUACAGUAAACAGUGUAAGAUGAGGAAGAGAGGAUCUAUAGUGUGCAAACUGCUCGCUUCCAUGUUAGCUAAAGCAGGUCUGACUCAUUUAAUCACCAUGGAUCUGCACCAGAAAGAGAUCCAGGGCUUCUUUACAUUCCCUGUGGACAACCUGCGGGCUUCUCCGUUCCUGCUGCAGUACAUUCAGGAGGAGAUUCCUGAUUAUAGAAACGCUAUAAUUGUUGCCAAGUCCCCAUCUGCUGCAAAAAGGGCUCAGUCGUAUGCAGAGCGCCUGCGUCUUGGCCUGGCCGUCAUGCAUGGGGAAGCUCAGUGUUCAGAGUCAGACAUGGCAGAUGGGCGGCAUUCUCCUCCAUGUGUCCGCAACACCAUUGGUCACCCUGGAUUGGAGUUGCCAUGUAAGAGCCACCACACUGUGAAUCCACAGGUUGUUGCUGCACAUCCCAACAGCUUCAAACCCACUGACUAUGACAAACCCAGGUUAUAAGCACAAACUAGAUCAGAAAAGACAGCUGAUUGGGCUUCUCCCAACACCACAAAACCUGUCAAAAAUAUAUCCUUUAUUUGUAUUUCACCCCUAAAAUCAAAAGAAAGUAACAGUAGGUAAUGGUAUUUUUCAUAAAGAAAAUGAAGGUUAAUA